CAUAUUGUGCACAAUGGAGGAUUAUACAAAAGGCCUUUCAAUGAAGCUUUUGAAGAAACACCAAUGCUGGUUGCUGUGCUGACCUAUGUAGGCUAUGGUGUUCUUACUCUCUUUGGAUAUCUGCGAGAUUUCAUGAGGCAGUGGAAGAUUGAGAAGUGUCAACAUGCAACAGAAAGAGAAGAACAAAAGGACUUUGUCCCGUUGUAUCAGGACUUUGAAAAUUUCUACAACAGAAACCUCUACAUGCGCAUUCGGGACAGCUGGAACCGUCCAAUCUGCAGUGUGCCGGGGGCAACAGUGGACAUGAUGGAGAGAGUUUCCCAUGACUAUAACUGGACAUUCACGUACACAGGGAGAGUGAUAAAGGACAUUAUUAAUAUGGGUUCCUACAACUACCUUGGAUUUUCACAGAAUGCUGGAACUUGCCAAGAAGCAGCAGCCAAAGUUCUGUCCCAGUAUGGUGCUGGGGUGUGCAGCACCAGGCAGGAGAUGGGAAACUUGGACAAACAUGAGGAGCUGGAGAAGCUAGUUGCCAGGUUCCUAGGUGUGGAAUCUGCAAUGACAUAUGGAAUGGGGUUUGCAACCAACUCUAUGAACAUUCCUGCUUUAGUUGGCAAGGGCUGUCUCAUUUUGAGCGAUGAACUGAAUCAUGCAUCACUAGUGCUUGGAGCAAGACUGUCAGGAGCAACUAUUCGAAUCUUUAAGCACAACAAUAUGCAAAGCCUGGAGAAGCUGCUCAAAGAUGCUAUUGUGCAUGGGCAACCUCGUACACGGAGGCCCUGGAAAAAAAUUCUUAUCUUGGUGGAAGGAAUAUACAGUAUGGAGGGAUCCAUAGUCCGUUUGCCUGAAGUGAUUGCCCUUAAGAAGAAGUACAAAUCCUAUCUGUACCUUGAUGAGGCUCAUAGUAUAGGUGCCCUGGGUCCCAGUGGCCGGGGUGUAGUGGAGUAUUUUGGACUCAGCCCUGAAGAUGUCGAUGUUAUGAUGGGAACAUUCACCAAAAGCUUUGGAGCUGCUGGAGGAUACAUUGGGGGCAAGAAGGAACUGAUUGAUUACCUCAGGACGUACUCUCACAGUGCUGUGUAUGCAACAUCAAUGUCACCUCCUGUUGUGGAGCAAGUCAUCACCUCCAUGAAGUGCAUUAUGGGUGAAGAUGGUACAACUGUUGGGAAAGCACGUGUGCAGCAGCUAGCAGAGAACACAAGAUAUUUCAGGAGACGACUGAAAAAGAUGGGCUUUAUCAUCUAUGGAAAUGAAGAUUCCCCUAUUGUGCCUCUGAUGCUGUAUAUGCCAGCAAAAAUUGGUGCGUUUGGGCGUGAGAUGCUGAAGCGGAACAUCGGUGUUGUGGUUGUGGGCUUCCCUGCCACCCCCAUCAUCGAGUCCAGAGCCAGAUUCUGUUUGUCUGCAGCUCAUACCAAAGAGAUGCUUGAUACAGCUUUAAAAGAAGUCAAUGAAGUUGGGGACCUUUUACAACUGAAAUAUUCUCGUCACCGUUUCAUACCUCUUUUGGACCGGCCAUUUGAUGAAACAACAUAUGAAGAAACAGAAGACUGAACUCCCUUCAUGUGCCUCAGUGGGAGGGACACACCCCGUGGGACAUUGCGUGGCACACAGGCCACAGCAUCUAGGAACAACAGUUAUGACUGCUUAGCAUACAAGACAUUUCCUCACAAUACUGAAAUGGCCGCAUCAGCUCUAAAAGGCAUUUUGUAAAUAGGGAGAGGAGAA